AGCCCUGGGUCUCCUCCAAAAAGUCUUGUCUUCCCAUCGCUAGGCACUAUGACCUCCUUGCCUGUCAUCUCCAUCUUUCUCAUUUCCAUUUCUGUCCUCGUCUUUGCAGAGACCGACCAAACAGGCUGCUGCUUCAAAUAUGUUACCAGGCAGAUUCCCAGAAGAUUUGUGGUGGACUAUGCUUAUACCAGCGAUUUCUGCUGGAACCCAGGGGUCGUUUUCAUCACUAGGAGGGACUACAAGAUCUGUGCCAACCCCCAGGACCAGUGGCGCAACCUCACACCCCAAAUGUCUGCUGCUUCAGCUAUUUUUCUGGACCGAUUCGCAAUGUGGUUGCUUGUUAUGAGACCAGCCCCUUUUGUCCCAUGCCAGGAGUCAUCUGUUACUGCCUAUAAAGUGAAGGGUCCCAGCCAAAGCUACAGAGCUGUCCAGAACAAACAUCCUGAGAGCCCUGAGUGUGCUCCUGAAAGUGCUCUCCUCCCACCUCCAAGGACUAUGGUCUCUUUGGCUGUCCUCUCCAUCCUCAUCAUUUCAAUACCUGGUUUCAGCUUUGAAACUGAGAAAUUUGGGCCAGUUCUCUACCAAGCUGCCCCGAAUGAUCUCUUUGCAGUUAAACAUAUUCCAAAUGCCUGCUGCCACUCCUACACACGCCAGAUCCGAUACAGCCUCGUGAUGGACUUCUAUGAGACCAGCAGUCAGUGCCUCAAGCCGGGCAUCAUCUUUCUCACCAAUAGAGGUCGCCAGAUCUGUGCUGAUCCCAGAAAAGAGUGGGUACAGGUGUACAUGUUCAGCCUGAAACAAAAGAAAAAGACUGAAGAGUACCGUUCCCAGAGAAAACAUUUCUACACAAGUGUUGAACUUUCUCUACCCGAAAAAUAAACAUGGUUUCUAAAA